GAGACGCUGUGAGCCGCGCGUGCCGGUUUUUCAAACCUUCAGUCUAGAGGAAGGCGCUAACUGUCACUAAGCCACUUUAGCCACAGAGCGCGAGGUGAAGAUGUACAUACAAUUUCUCUCGAAAAUGUAAAUAAACAAAGAUUUAUUCUGGUUUAUCGGAGAGAUAUGGACGGAUUAUGGAAUUAACUUUCAAAUGAAUCCAAAGGAUGAGUUAAUAAACGGAAAACGGAGUUAUUUUUUGGGAAGGAAAAGUCCCAGAUGCUGAGUGCCUACAGGAAGGUUCUGCUGCUUGAGUCAGAGCUCUCGCUCUGUGACAAGGUGUGAGCCACUAGACCUGAACCAAAAGGGCUAAAAGGCAUCCACAAAAAACAAACAAACAAAAAAAAACAAGAGAAGAGCGAACAAGUAGAACGAGAGCAGCAUGCAGGGCCGAGCGUAGCCAAGCUAGGAGGCGAAUCCAUGCAGGACAAGAAGAAGCAGUACUCGGGAGGAUGUCGACAGAGGAAGAAACACAAGCAAGCAUCAAAUCCAGCGUGAGACGGGAGUCCAGGAGGAAAGGUCAGAACCGUAGUGAGCCGGCUCUGAUAAAGCGUUUCCGUGGCGAUGGGGUACGCUACAAAGCCAAGCUGAUUGGGAUUGACGACGUAUCUGCAGCACGUGGAGAUAAACUCUGCCAGGACUCCAUGAUGAAGCUGAAGGGUAUUGCUGCUUCAGCGCGAUCCAAAGGAGAACACAAGCAGCGUGUUUUCUUAACCGUCUCCUUCAAUGGCAUUAAGAUCUACGACGAGAGAUCCGGGGUUUUACAACAUCACCAUUCUGUGCAUGAAAUCUCCUACAUCGCCAAAGACACCAGAGACCACCGUGCCUUCGGCUACGUCUGCGGGAAAGAAGGAAACCACAAAUUCGUGGCCAUUAAGACAGUCCAUUCAGCAGAGCCUUUGAUUCUGGAGCUACGUGACCUCUUUACACUUAUCUAUGACCUGAAGCAGAGGGAUGAAGGGGAGAAGAAGGCACAAAAAGUAAAGCACUGCGAGCAGGCUGUUUAUCAGACGAUCCUCGAGGAUGACACUGAUGACCCUGUGUAUCAGUACAUUGUGUUUGAAGCCGGACACGAGUCGCCCCAUGGCCACCAAUCAGAGGAGAGCGUUUACCAGGUCCCAACAAGCCAGCAGAAAGAAGGAGUCUAUGAUGUUCCAAAACGCCAUUUUAUGACUAACAUCAGUCAGUUUGAACUGUUUGGGGACAUGGCCACUCCUCCAGACAUUGUAUCUAUGCCUGCAUCUCCCGCUAAUACAUUAGACUCUGGACGACGACGACAUCAGCGUCGCCCUGAGCUCUUUACACACUUCAGUCCCCCUGCCGUGCCUUCAGGCUACAUGACGAUGGGUGCGGUGCCUUCAGCUCACUGGGCUCAGCAGUCCUUCGCAGCGCCGGCAGCUCCACUGGCAUUUGGUGUUCAGGCUCCUCUGCAGGUUACUCAGGUUCUACCUGGAGGGCAGCCAGUGAUCUGGGGCCAGGCCAACCUAUUCCACACUCCUGGACCAGGCCAGCAGCAGUGGGCCUUUGUACCAGCCGGGGCCUUAUUUCAAGGCCUUGUUCCCUUAGCUGCCAUGCGUCCUCGCAUGUCUACCCCGUCUGCACCAUCCUCGACCAUCACCAGUCCUCAGCAUGCAGCUGAAUCCAGAGACGCCUCAAGCAGUAACCCCUUGGCAGGGGCGUCAGGCUCACACUCACAGCCUGCUGACACCAUUGACCCACAUACAGUGAUGGGAGGAACCACACAGCCUGGUGAGAAGUCGGAAUCUGAGGUCUGUAGUGGAGAUCUUGAUCUUUCCCAGCUCAGUUUGACACCAGGGUCAUCAACUUCACCAUCCACUGUAGAGUCUCCUGCUACACCUGCUUCCCAGGAGGGCGAAAUGACCUUGACCUCAGAACCGCCUAAAGAUCUCUCUGUCAUGAGAACAGAAAAAAGUGAGAGCCAACUUAGAGAGCCUUCUCUCACAGAAGGAGCAGAGCAGAGCGUCAACCAAGAUGCAGGAGAGGAAUCGUGUUCCAGCGCUCAAAUCCCCAGCAGCUGUGAGACGGCAGAUCUCAGUGUGACUCCAAACCAAUCAGACUCUUAGGAAAUCCCAGCUCAGCUCGACUCACUUUCUGGUCAGAUGGAGACAUGAAGGAGAAAACAUGACCCUAAAAGAAGGAGUGGAUUGAAUAUCUGCCUGAAUUUUCUGAGAAGAUUUACAGAGGGGUACAGUAUGAAGAUGUUCUGUACAGCGUUACAGUGAGACUCAAGAGAACGCUUGGAUCGUUUUUCAACUUUACCUGUUUUACUUAAAAAUCCAAACUAUUUUUUGAAACAAAAAAUUGUUAUUUUUGAUUGAUGAAAUGCUCCUUGAGAAUUUGAUGUUUGCAAAUAGAAAGGAGAAGAAGAACUUGGACUUUGAGGUUAAAAACGGAUUGAGAUACUUUAACGUGUUGUACAAUCCAUAUACAGUACAUCUGACAUCACUGAUGAGCUUCGGUGUGUCUGAGAGGCUGACGGAUUAUCAGACUGAUAAACACUCAGUUAAAUGCUUUCUUUCAGAAGGUGUUAAUGCUAGAAUGAAGCUGUGGCUCCUACAGGAAUCAGAUCUGCGUAACGUACAAAGACAUCACAUCUGCAUGGUUUUCACCAUGAGAAUGAACUAAUUUGCCAAAUUUUAUAUAAUGCUUAUAAAAAAAAGCUUUCUUUUUUUUUAACUCAGUCAUGUAUGAUUUUAUUUGUUUGUAUAUUUUUUUUUGCUAAAUAUUGUAUAGUAACAAAUUGUGUCAUAUGUUGUGUUAAGUCUGAUUUCUACUUUUUAGUUGAUCCUCUCCUUUAAAGCAUUUUCAACUAUUCCUUUAAAGUUGAACAGCAAAGCAGUGGAUCUUGAGGAUUUGACAUACAGCGAUGAUGUCGAUGCUGUAAAUUAUUUUAUCUUUUUGUUUACAGGAAGGUUGAAAACCCUUCACACACUCUAAUGCUACAUUCACAGGUACACCGAUGCAUAGCAACAAAAAAAGGGAUCGUUUUAAUUUUCAACAAAGCUUGCGACUUCUGGCGACACGAACGAUCGCGAUUGUUGCUGACCAGAUGUGGGCGUGUCCAGAGGCACGACAAACAUUUAUGUUUAUGCAAAAUGGAGUGAAUAAUGAGUGUAAUGGGUUAAAGACAAUAAGCACACACACACACACUCACACACACACAAACUGAACAACUACAAACUCUAGCUCAAAACGCUAAAUCUCUCUCCAGAAUGUUUCAUCAGUUUUCAAGAAAAUUGCUGUCGGAAUGCGCUACGCAACUACAGUAUAAACGUUAUUACUAUGGCAACCAGUAGUAGGAACGCCUACUGAUGACUUCAUAAUACAGCAACAAAAUCACUGUCUAUGAAUAACGUUACGCUCACUUAUUCAUUAAGUUAACUUGUUGUGAUAUUUGAUUCAGUCAUUUGCACACACAGUAGCUGAGAACUCAACGAGGUUAAAAUUCCAGGUUCAGUGUCGAACGAGGCAUCAUCACAAGCGCCAUCACGUCAGGCUUUUCCAUCUGUCCAUCCAGCCAGUCAGAGAUAAACCUCCUGCAGCUUUGUGAGAUAAAACCUUCAGAAUUAACAAGACAUUCCAUGAGUGUGAAAAAUUACUGUAUGUCGUAACAAUUCUAAUAUCUUGUAUCCACAAUAUCUUAUCAUACAAUUACAAUAAACCAAAUAUAAGAUUAAUAAACCUUUUAUCCAGUAAGGUAUAUUAUUAUGCCUAUUACAUGAUUAAGUGUAUUUGCCAAAUUUUGUUCAGUCAAUAAUGUUAUUUUUUUUUGUUUCGUGCCAUAUGUUAUUUAAUUCGGAUUUAUACUUGCAUCGGUUUGAGUUUAGCCUCCAUUUUUUUUCUUCUGUUUACUAUUUUAAGCUUUAAAGUUUUUUGUUUUCUUGUUUUUUUCUUUGUUUGUUUUCAGAUAAUCAUCUCUCUUUACCAAUCCCUAUAAGUUAACAUAUUUUAAACAUUGAUUUGAAUUGAUUAAAUUAUCGAAAUUUUAUUUCUAGAAACAAGCCACACUAUCUGUUAAUAAAAUUUUAGAUUUGAUUUAAUUUCUUCUAAUCUUAUAAACAAUGUUACUACAUACAAGAUAUUUUACUUGCUAAGAUCCAUCUUUUUCUUUCUUUUUUUAAUUUUAUUUUUUUACCUUUUUCCUGCUGGUUUUGUGUUUGAUCCGCUGAAAUAUUGAAUUUAUUGUGUCAGUAAAAAUCAGUACAUGUCACUGAAGGAGUCCAAACAAGAAACUGAUCCAAGCUCCAGGCUCAUCAUCAUGGAUAUUGUUGCAAUUUUUUUUAUUACAUUUUGUAUUAUAAUAUUUGAAAAGUAGUGACACAAUACACACCCAUUUUCUCUU